CCGACUACAACAAAACCGCGCGUGGUUGAAAUCCUCAAACAGAAGCGCGUCGCCUUCCAUUCGGCUGCAUCCGGAUAAACACGCAACGUAUGUGGUGGAUCAGUAACAUUAGUUACACGACAACCGCAACGACGAAAGAGUGGGAAAAUGUCUGUAAGGACCACAGCAAAGUACGUGAAGGAAAAGGACCGCAGUCGUCGACAACUGGAACAUCUUUGGCUGCAGCCUUAUGUUGUGUUGCGCAGAGCAGACAUCAGUGAAGCUAUUCAUCCUAAGCACGAGGAGCCAGACCGCACAGGCAUUAAAGAGGAAGAUGUGGGCAAAGAGGUCCACCACGUCAAUGAACGAAUGGAGCAGAAGUUUCUUUGCUCUAUGAGAGAGGAGGAAGAGCCGGAGCGGCCUUGUCAGAAAGAGGACUCCUGCGACAUCAAAAAGGAGGAGGAAGAUACCUGCGAGAUGCCAUUGACUGGUGGACUUGUGAAGCGUUUAGAUGAGGCUCAACGUGAGGUGAGCAAAGGGGCGGAGCCUCCAGGCUGCAGCUCAAGUCCACAUAUGACCAGAGAAGGUGAUGGAGACCACUGUGGGGGAUCACAAGCAGCUCCACUAUCAGAUAGUGAUGACGUGUUGUCACAUGUUCCUGCUGCUGCUGAUGAUGAUGACUCUCAAAACAAACACAGGCAAUGUUCUCACUGUGGAUUUUUUUUUCCUCAUAGCAGUAGUUUCAAACAACACAUGAGAAUGCACACAAGAAAGAAAAACCUUUCCUGUUCAGAUUCUGGCAAAAAAUUCUCUCAGAGUGGAUCUUUAACAAUGCACGCAAGAAUCCACACUGGUGAGCAACCUUUUUCAUACUCAGUUUGUGGGCAAAAGUUCUCUCGGAGGGGAAGUUUAAAUAUGCACACAAGAAUCCACACUGGUGAGAAACCUUUUUCAUGCUCAGUUUGUGGCAAGAAAUUCUCUGAGAGGGGACGUUUAAAUACGCACACAAGAAACCACACUGGUGAGAAACCUUUUUCAUGCUCAGUUUGUGGCCAGAAAUUCUCUCUGAGUGGAUCUUUAAAAAAUCAUACAAGAAUCCACACUGGCGAGAAACCUUUUUCAUGCUCAGUUUGUGGCCAAAGAUUCUCUCAGAGCGGAAGUUUAAAUACGCACACAAGAAUCCACACUGGCGAGAAACCUUUUUCAUGCUCAGUUUGUGGCCAAAGAUUCUCUGAGAGGGGAAGUUUAAAAAAGCACACAAGAAUCCACACUGGUGAGAAACCUUUUUCAUGCUCAGUUUGUUGCCAAAAAUUCUCUGAGAGGGCAAGUUUAAAUAGGCACACAAGAAUCCACACUGGCGAGAAACCUUUCUCAUGCUCAGUUUGUGGCCAAAAAUUCUCUCAGAGGGGGAAUUUAAAUACGCACGCAAGAAUCCACACUGGUGAGAAACCUUUUUCAUGCACAGUUUGUGGCCAAAAAUUCUCUCAGAGGGGAAGUUUAAAUAUGCACACAAGAAUCCACACUGGUGAGAAACCUUUUUCAUGCUCAGUAUGUGGCCAAAACUUCUCUGAAAGGGGAAGUUUAAAUAGGCACACAAGAAUACACACUGGCGAGAAACCUUUUUCAUGCUCAGUUUGUGGCCAAAAAUUCUCUAUAAAGAGAAACUUAAACAGUCAUACAAGAAUCCACAGUGGCGAGAAACCUUUUUCAUGCUCAGUUUGUGGCCAAAAAUUCUCUAUAAAGAGACACUUAGAUAGGCACACAAGAAUCCACACUGGCGAGAAACCUUUUUCAUGCUCAGUUUGUGGCCAAAAAUUCUCUAUAAAGGGAAACUUAAACAGUCAUACAAGAAUCCACACUGGCGAGAAACCUUUCUCGUGCUCAGUUUGUGGCCAAAAAUUCUCUCAGAGGGGAGAUUUAAACACGCACACAAGAAUCCACACUGGCGAGAAACCUUUCUCAUGCUCAGUUUGUGGCCAAAAAUUCUCUCACAGGGGAAAUUUAAAUAGGCACACAAGAAUCCACACUGGUGAGAAACCUUUUUAAUGCUCAGUUCGGCCAAACAGUCUCUCAGGGUAAGCUUAAUCAGGCACGCAGGAGCCCACACUGGAGAGAAACGUGUUGCCUGCUCAGUCAGUUGCCAAAGAGUCUCUAUUAAGAAUUCUGAGUGUUUUGGAGAGAUGAGCAAUGAUCCAUGGAGUUCGCACCUUCUUUUUGAGCAGACUUUAUGAGUUUAUGCAUCAAUAAUAGUUCUAUUCUAGUAUGCACCUUUUGAUUGAGAUGCUGAACUCCUUUCCUUUAAGUUCAAUUCAUUUUAGUUUUACCUAUGAAUUUGAAAAUAAAAUUAAGCGGCCUCGGGAUGAUAAUAGUUUUGUAUGUUUCAUGAUACCUGAAGUUUAUUUUGUUUUUAGUUGUGUGUUCAUAUUUAGGGCAAGUUGCUUGGUUCUUAUUAGUGGUGGUUCAGGAUUUUGUUUUGUUCAGCUUUUCAUGUUCAUGCCUGGAAAGCGGACUUUAAACCGAUGAUGAUGUGGAUUAAAAAAAAAAUGAAAUAGUGUUGGAUAUCCCCCAUUUUUCUUCAACAGUUUUUUUUGUUACCUUACUAAUAACAUGUUAAAAUGUACUUGAGGUGUAUUAAGACAUUUCAUUAAAAAGUUGUUUACUUCACAGUAUUGACGUCUCAACCUAAUUGUAUUUGUAUGAAAUUUUUAAAUUUAAAUCUAAAUUUUAAUUAUAGGAUCCUAAUUAAGACUAUUAAUCUUCUGUCAUUUGAUGAUGAUGACGAUGGUAGAACUUUAUUUAUCCCACAGCGGGGAAAUUUACUUGUCACAGCAGCGUACAAGAAUGCAAGACUACAAGUGCCACAUUUUAAAAUGGAUAAAUAACAGACAAGGACAAAGACAAGUGCCACUAUUAGCGGUAGAAACGAAAUAUAUUUACCAAAAGGUGCAUUUUAAAGGAGCAGGGACGUUAUAUGAAUCUAAUUCAUCACUAUUACGUCUACAAUACUCUUGAAACCCUCAUCAGCCCUUUCAUAAAACCACAACCCAAACUAUAAACCCUAACCACCUUCUUCCUGGUUUCAGACCCAACCUUAAAACCUAACCAGCCCUGACUUGAUAGUAUCAGCUCUUAAGUUUGUGUGACGUUGCAAUGUUGAAGGGAGACAUUUUGAACAUUUAAUACUUUGAUAUUUAACUGUCCAAUAUCAUUUGAAUUAUUUUGAAGACAUUAAAAUCUUUUUUGAAGAACGUCGCCAGUGUGGAUUCUUGUGUGACUUUUUAAGGUUCCCUUGUGAGAGAAUUUCUGGCCACAAACUGAGCAUGAAAAAGGUUUCUCACCAGUGUGGCUCCUUGUAUGAAUCUUUAGACUUCCGUUCAGUGAAAAUCUUUGGCCACAAACUGAGCAUGAAAAAGGUUUCUCGCCAGUGUGGAUUCUUGUGUGCCUUUUUAAAUGGUUCCUCUGAGAGAAUUUUUGGCCACAAACUGAGCAUGAAAAACGUUUCUCGCCGGGCCCCGGUUGAAAAAAAUCGAGCUUUUUCGAUUCUUCAUUUUCAUGCCGUUUUUUUCUUUCAGUCUUGCACGAAUGUGCUUGCGCUAUUCUAUGUGCGCGAUGUUAUCCAUUUGCCUCCCGGACCCGGAUGUUGUUUUAGCGAUCAGCGAAGCGUGGGUGAUCUUCGAUUUUUUUUCCUGUGGGCGUGCUCCCCGACUGAAAAAAAUCCUGGCUACGCCACUGGAUGUUCGGCUAACAAAGGCGGCUUUUGGACAGCGGCGCGCGAGCUAUUUGAACUCAGCUAAGAGAACGAUGGCGAAGAUCUUCAGCGCAUGGAGAGACGAGCUCAUCUGGACACGUGAACUUCAAAGACCGGUCAUCAUCGGGUAGGUGACGUCAUGGCCACGGAGGUGACAUUGGUGAUGUGCACUCCAGUUCUUUAAGUGAACUGCAUCUUUAGAAUCAGUUAACUCAAAAGAUUCGUUCAAACGAAUCGUUCGACGAGUCGUCCCCGCCCCCACAUACACACUGACCCUUCUUUCUUUCUUUUUUUUUACUUCAAUAACACACAACUACAGACAAAAAAAACAAGUAAUCACAUGGUAAUGUCAACAACGGCAACGCACACAUUUUUCUCUAUAUUACAACAUCCCGUGGAAUCAACCCAUAUAGUACGUCAAACAAUACAAUUACGCAUAAAUAUAUAAUAAUAAUUGUCUCGGGUAAUUCACACGUUUCUUUCUAUAAUACAACACACACACUGAUUCGUUGACAACAGUGUCUCACCCUGUCGUGAACGGGAUGUUGCGUCACUGUACGGAAAAUUACGUCACUGCUUGAAAAGUCCCUCUUUCAUUUAACGCUCGCUGCUGAUUGGUCGUUCGCGAAGAUUCACGAGUGAGUGACAGACAGCUUUGCUGCUAUGCCAUUGCCAGUCGACACAAGUUAUGCCGACAUUGCUGUUUUAAUUUUGUAUUUGUUGGCUUGAAGUUGAUGGUGUUAUUAUACCAAAUGUGUUUGAAUAAAAGGUUGAAAAAAAAAAACAACGUUAUGCCGACAUUUGUUAUUUUGGGGGACACCAACUCAUAUAACCAUGUAAAACACAUACAUAUUGUCAUAUAAAGCAGUUAACCCAGUGCUUCUCAAAUAGUGGGGCGCGCCCCCCUGGGGAACAGGCUUUUUUUUUGGCAGAACUAGAAUAAAAUGUAAUUGCGCAUCUA